AUGUCUCUCACACUUGGCAAAGGCUGUAUACCUUGGUUAGGCAACAGAGUACUUAUUACUGGUGCUAGAUCUUCUCGUUUAAUAUCCUCAUGUCGACCUCUUCUGAACUCAAGUAAAGUUCCAGGGUCAUCGCAGCCAGAUCAAACUAAUCAGACAAUCGAAUCAAACGAAUCCAAAAGUUCUGCUUCUCAUAUUGCAGAUAAUGGUACCGCUCGUCAUGGAUUCGAUCCUAAAAAACCUCGAAAACCUUUGAGCAGAAUUGCAUUGGGUCAAGAGCCUGGCAAGCAGGGACCUAUCUCGUCAGCCAGACAACCUGGUUUCAUUAACUGGACUGCGGCUGGUAUUUUCUUGGCUGUUGGCGGUGGUUUGACUUGGUAUUUCCAGCGCGAAAAGAAGAGAAUUGCUAUUCGAAAGGAAGAAGAAGCUAAUCAGAGUGUGGGCAUGCCGUCUAUUGGCGGUCCUUUCAGUUUGAUUGAUCAGAACGGCAACAAGUUUACUGAUAAAGAUAUGCUUGGUAAAUUUGCUCUGCUGUAUUUUGGUUUCUCCAUGUGUCCAGAUAUCUGUCCUGAAGAGCUUGAAAACAUGUCGAACAUCCUCGACGAUAUCAACAAACCAGGCGAAGAGCACCGUCUACUACCAGUAUUCAUCACCUGUGAUCCUAACCGAGAUUCACCAGAAGUGCUUAAAGCAUAUCUAGCAGAGUUCCAUCCCGAUAUCAUUGGCCUGACUGGUUCGUACGAAGAUAUCAAACAGACCUGUAAAGAGUAUCGGGUGUACUUCUCGACACCUCCCGAUCUCAAGGCCGGAGACGAGUACCUGGUCGACCACUCGAUCUUCUUCUACCUCAUGGACCCAGAGGGCCGUUUUGUCGAAGCCCUCGGAAAAAACUACACUCCAGAACAAGUCAACGAGCGAAUCAAAAGCCACAUGGACGCCUGGGUCCCGCAAUCGCAGCGUGAACAGAAAUCCAAGGGUUUCCUCUCCGGCUUGUUCUCCUAA